AUGGCGGCGGCGGAUGUCGAGCGUACCAAGUUGGAAUCCUCGUUCCGUAAUUUAAAAUUAUCUGGUCAUGUUGGAUUUGACAGUCUUCCAGACCAAUUGGUGAAUAAAUCUGUCCAAAAUGGAUUUGUGUUCAAUAUCCUCUGUAUCGGGGAGACUGGACUUGGAAAGUCUACUCUCAUGGAUUCCCUUUUCAAUACAAGCUUCGAAUCUACUCCAAGUACACAUAAUCUUCCUUCUGUAAAACUUAAAGCACAUACGUAUGAAUUACAAGAGAGCAACGUUAGGCUAAAGCUUACUAUAGUAGACACGGUUGGAUAUGGGGAUCAAAUUAAUAAGGAAGACAGUUUCAAAGCAGUUGUUGAUUACAUAGAUGCUCAGUUUGAAGCAUAUUUGCAAGAAGAGUUGAAAAUAAAGCGCUCUCUGGCAACUUAUCAUGACAGUCGUAUUCAUGUUUGCCUGUAUUUCAUUUGCCCUACUGGUCAUGGAUUAAAAUCCAUUGACCUUGUCUGUAUGAAAAAAUUAGACACAAAAGUCAACAUCAUUCCAAUUAUUGCUAAAGCUGACACGAUAUCAAAAACAGAAUUACAAAAGUUCAAGAGCAAAAUUAUAUCCGAAUUACAAAAUAACGGAGUUCAUAUUUAUCAAUUUCCUACCGGCGACGAGAGCGUGGCCGAAGUAAAUUGUAGUAUGAAUGCUCAUGUACCUUUUGCAGUAGUUGGUAGCACUGAUUUUGUUCGAGUUGGAAACAAAAUUAUGCGCUCCCGACAGUAUCCAUGGGGUACAGUGCAAGUUGAAAAUGAAUCCCAUUGCGAUUUCGUUAAAUUGCGCGAAAUGUUGAUACGAACAAAUAUGGAAGAUAUGAGGGAAAAAACGCACUGCCGUCAUUACGAGCUCUAUCGUAAAAAGCGGUUGGAACAGAUGGGAUUUAGCGAUGUUGAUAGUGAAAAUAAACCAGUUAGUUUUCAACAGACCUGCGAAGCAAAGAGAUCCAUCCAUUUGCAAGAGCUACAACAGAAGGAGGAUGAGAUGCGGCAGAUGUUCGUGGUACGCGUGAAAGAGAAGGAAGCCGAAUUGAAAGAAGCAGAAAAAGAGUUGCAUAACAAAUUCGAUAAACUGAAAAAAGAUCACACGGAAGAGAAGAAAAAGGUGGAAGAGAGCAGAAAGAAGCUUGAAGACGAUAUUUUAGAAUUGAACAGACGCAAAAUGCAAUUCACUCAACAGCUGCAACAUCAUACCCUAACAUUAGGAAAGAGCAAGAAAAGAUAAAACGUUCGCCAUUGGCCAUACAUCUUGUAACAAAUAAAUUACGACGCCACACAUACAUUCUAACUACACGUAACGAGUAUUAUUAUUUUAAUUACUUGAUACUUGACUGCUGAAGUUAAUAAUUAAAUUAUCCAAAGUUUACGAGCGCUGUAACUUUUAUCGUCUUCUUAUAUCAUUUAUAUAAUAAUUAUAGGUUUUACUUACG